AGAAUUGAUUACGCUUUUAAAGAAAAUGAUGACGAAUAACCCCGCGGCUUUUCAAACGUACUAAACAUUUUUUAAAAAUAUUUUACCCUUUCAAAUUCAAAUUGGAAUUUUUAUUUGUGAUAUACCCAGCUCCCGGUUUGGAAGUUGAAAAACGGGCAUCUACACGAACAAUGUUUUUGUAUUUGUCUUUUAUGCCCGUCUCAUCCAUAAUUCAUUUAAGCAAGAAGAGUUUUGGUGGUGGGCGUUCGAUUCGAUACGUCGACCCUUUGGUUUACGGUGGUCGUGAUAUUUGGUCAUACGCCGGUGAUAAUCAGGUUGACUAUAUUGACGUCUAUAGUCUCGCAUAUUGUAAACCACAUCCGCAAUGUUUUUGUUUAACUCUUAAAAAGAAAAGAAAAAAAAAAAUGAUAGACCAACACCCUUAAAAGGUAUUCGAAAAAAAAAAUAAUAAAAUGAGACGAGACUGGGCGAAAAAGAAAAUGCAAAACAAAUUCCCGUUUUUGUUUUUCGUGACCGCACGGGAUUUUGCUGUACGUGUAGGUGUACUUUUCUGUUGACGCGUGUUUGGAAGAGACAGACAACAAAACAAACAACAACAGAGGAAAUGGAUGGAACAGGGAGAGGAAGAAGACUACUGUAAGAGGGAGGGGAAAAUUGAGUGCAUAGAUCAAUGACGGCAGCCUAUUGCUAUGCAUUAAUGGUUCCUCUUUAGCCUGGAACGCCGGCGCAAACGCUCCCCUUCGACGUCGCGGGGUGGAGGGUAAAUUCUUUUAUUUUUCUUUCGGUAACCCCUCCAACGUUUGGUUGCUACUGGCAACGAUGCCGGUUCGUCACUCGUACGCCCAAAGACAAACAAUAAAAGAAAAGGAGGCCAUAUGACUUGGUUUUCCCGAUUUUUCGUGUAAGCAGACGAAAAAGCAAGCGGACAUUUGACACACCUUCACGUUUGUUUCUGCGUUCGGAGUUUUUGUUUUCUUUCUUUCCAACUGUCGUGAAUACGAAAUGAACGAAAAGAUUCACAGUCACGAUUGUUAAAUGCCCUUCAAAAGUGUCAAACGUGAACAUUUCCAAAAAGUUUGUUGACGAUGGCCGGUAACGACGAACCCAACUUUUUAUUCUUCGCCAAACAAGAAACUCCACGUUUUUUGUUUGUUUUUUUUAAAUGUUUGUUGGUAUGUUGUGUUAAUGGAUUCGUGAACAAGAAGAAAACAUAGUGGGCGCAAAAACGGAUUGGAUCGUGACCAAAAGAGUUACAUCUAAAAUAAAAAUUUAAGUGAAUAAAACAAUAUCGAUUGCAACGAUCGAUUGGUGCUGUUGGAAUUUCGGCUUUUAAAAACAAUCUCGUGAUUCCCGAACAAUUUUCUUUUCACUCCAACGCAAUUCUCGUGAAGAAAAAAAUAGAGAGAAACUUUCUUUUCUCGUUCAGCAUUUGCAAGUAAAAAGGAAACACAAAGGAGAAAUGAAUAAAAGAAGAAGAAGGCAAUAAGAGUCACGCGUCGUUGUUCCAAGGCCGCCUUUUUUUCCUCUCAUGGAACUUCCAAGAGUCUCGUUAUCACGUCCGUUCUUCUGCCGUCCUUUCUGCAUUGACCUUUUCGUGUUAGAUAUACAUAUUUUUUAAAACAAUUCUACGUGUGUGAUAAGCGAACUCUUGUCAAAAAAAAAAUUGUUUUUUCUGAUUAUCUAAAAAGAGAAAAAACAGCCGCUAUCGAUGACGACCGCAGCAGACGAAGAAAUUGGAUAACACAAAUUUGGGAGGGCUCCGUUCAUGUAGCUCUGGGCUAUUCCCUCAAACUUUUUAUUUGAUAAUUUCGUCUGGUGUUUGUGCGGGUGGGUUAGGCAGCUACGUGAAAAAGACACGUCUCUCUUGGUCUCACGAGGUUGCCAGACUGCACAACACACGCACGUGCGUCCCACUAUUUUUUGUUCUUUCUUUCUUGCCCAAAACAGAGAGAAAGGGAAUACACACCUGUGUAAGGCUCCUCCCCCUUAUCUACCUAGGCAAAACCACUGCCAUACCUGUAUCCCAUACUCUACCUGUGAAGUUCGGGAGCGUGAAACUAGUCAACGGCCGUGCGUCGGGUCGACUUGUUGGUUUUCUCGCCCAUUUUAACCAAACAUCAUUUGCCUGUGAUUUUUUUUUUUUUAAAUUCCAUUCCAAAACUGUGAUCGAGUGCGCUUAAUCAGAGAACGAAUUGAUAUUUUUUCUCAAUGAUGGAAAGCAACAGUCCGGGUCAAUCGACCGAGGACGAGAAAAAGCAACAAGAUGCUCGUAGGGCACGUUCCCGGUCGCGAACGAGAUCGGGUUUAUCUUCGAGAGUUAAUUUUUUCGAAUCUGGCGCUCAAAGUCGAAUGCGGUCGACCAGUCAAUCGUUCGAACGGAUGGGUACCAAUAAUUGCGUCACAAUAGACACGGGCGUGUCUAUGGAAGAUUCCGUCUUUGAUCAGUCGGAAGUGGACCAGCUGGAACGAGAGAUAACGGAACGACGCCAACGACUUUCACGUCGUGACGACGAAGAGGAGCGUCAACGACGUCCGGCUGUUUCGCUUCGUCGGGUCGUGUCGCCGGUCCGGGUCGAACCGAUAAGUCCCUCCCUGCAUCAGGUGGUGAAUCAACAAUUCGCUACGGAAGUAUACAUAAGCAGUUGGACGGAGCGAACGGCUGGGCGAACGCCGGAUGCCAUCCAGGUAGCCUCACCUCCCAUUCCACCGCCGCGGGACGUCUCGCAACCUCCUUGGCGUUUGGCCCGUCGUUCUGAACCGAUGACUCCCGAUUCGAGUUCACGUGAAUCCCCAUUCCCGACUCCGACGACGCCCACUUCUGCUUUUACCAAGUAUCAAGAAUGGCGGGCCAGACGGUUGACGAGCGCCGAGACGGCCGAGCCCGUUGUUCCGUGGAGGAAGCAACAACAGGCUCGUAAAGACACGGCACAGACGGGCACGAGUCCGUUUGGGGACGUUUUGGUAUUGCGACGACCUUCGCAGGAAAUAGCCGAUCAAUCGGCGUCGCGCAAAAAUUCGCAACUUCCGCCAUGGUAUUCCGAGUAUCGGACAGCCUCGCUUUCGCAAACGGCCUCGCGAAUGGUCGAAGGUUUCCGCGUUGGCGGAAUCAAAACGCAUUAUGAUUUUCACAUUACUCAAAUCAAAGGUGAGCUGUUGUCUGACUCCUUUCUCUUUAAUCAGUGCGAGGGACGCAUAUGAAAAUCUGCGCACUGCGCACCGUCGAACACGUUUUUAAUUCCGAUUUUUUGUUUGCCAUUUAAGAAAAAAAAAAAAAAAAGGGAAAGAUAAAUGGUCACGUUAUCGUUCGACGUGUUUGAUAAAAUGAGCGGUCGCUUUUUUGUGUGUUGGAAAACUUGAUCUUUUUCCAGCCAAUGUCAACACGGAUUUUCGAUGUACGUGUGUGUGGUAGCUGAAAAGGACUUUUUUUUUUUUAAACUGAAAGAAUUAGAUUCGUGCAAAGUACAACAAAAAGGAACAUUUCACUGCUAUCUCUUUUCACCGUGUGAGGAAUAAUUUUUUUUUAUUGACAUAGUUUCAGAUAAGGGGACAUUGCAGUUACCAAUUAUCUCCAAAACACGUUGGUUAGCAACGGAGAAAUUGGCAAACCUCGCCAUUUUUGUUUGUUUUUUUUUCCUUUCAAAAUUCUUUUUUACCUUGAGAGAAUUGUUGCGACAGAUGAUGGCACAUGCCUUUUUGGAGGCCGAAUAUCAUAAAUACGACCAUCCCGUUAAGGAUUUCGUGCAGAAAAAAAAAAAAGUUUUGAAAUCUCGCUUUAGCCCACUUUAAUAGCGCCAAGAUAUUUCGGUUUAUGGUGGGCCCUUCAAUCUGAAAAUGCGUGAAUUAUCGCUCCAGGAUGUUAGGCUCAGAUGGGGGCACGAAACAUUACUGAUUUUUGAAUCAAUCAUUGGCCUCCUCCCAAUCCCUUAAAAACAAAAAAAUGAUUAAAAUUUGUUUUGGGAUUUUAUUUUUGAUUAUUGGACUUUUUGUCGCGGGAGUAACAAUCCCGCACGGCGGCGUGACUAUCAUUCCAACACGUGUAUGUAAUCUAGUCGUCAACAUUCUUGAUAACUUUCGUCAUCUACCGUUCCUGUUUGCGUUUUCAUUUUUCUAUUUUUCGCAUAUAAAAAAAAACGCGUAUAAAAAUUGCGAAUUUCUUUUGGUCUAUUCAAUUGGCCAAGAUUUUUCUAAAAAAACAUCAAGAAUUCGAUAUGCGCCGGGAUUUAAAAAAAAAACCGCAUAUUUUUAUUUCAUUUUUAUUCUUUUCAAAUGCUUUUGCUUUGACCUAAAGACGAUCAAAUGGGUUGGACUCGCGAUGAUGUCAGCCAUUCGAAAUAGCCGAUGCAACUUGCGGCAAGGUCUUGGGGCUUCUUUAAAAAAAAAAAAACGAAAGAAAAAAAAGGAAAAAAUCUAAGAGCCAUGAACGACUCACGAAAAUCCGGUUAUGCCCCCCGGGCUGUUGUGGAAGAAGACGAUUGCGAAGAUUUUUUUUUUUCUCCUUCCUUUUUUAUGCAUACCGGGUCUUUUCAAGGUAUCCCGCCGCGACCACCGGCCAACCUGUUCCCUUCGUGUUGAUGGAUAUGAGAAGAAAAAAAAAGACAGAUGCGUGUAGGCGAGAAAAACGUUCGUGCAUUUCUCCCCCCCCCAUUUCAUCUUAAAGAAAAGAGGAAGAAUAAUAUUUAAAAGGGGGAAAAAGAAAAUGUCUAGCAGAUUCAAGGUUGCCAGUUUCUCAUUACCCACAUCCCGAAUCUCUUCUUAUGGUAGUAUGUUAGUAAAUAGAUGGCUGUGAAUUUUAUUCAAGUACAAAAAGGGGAGAAUGACUUGCAUGUAUUUAAAAAUGCGUAUUUACUCUUCUCCUUCAGACGAUGACACGCCUCAUUCAUGCAACACAAUAUGAAAACGACUUGGGGUGAUCAAAGAAAGUCUUUGUCUGAAUUGAAACUUUCUCUUUUUUUAUGCGGGAGUGUUAUCUUAAUUUUUUACAAAAAAUGAAUGACUCGGUGCGCGAGCUAAAGCGAUGCAAAUAAAUGAAAGACUCACGGUGUGUUU